AGUGCCUGCUCUGUCAGACAUUACUACUGCCACAUCACCAGACCACGGUUGUAUAUAAAUAAUAAUUCAGGGAUAUAAAAAGGUAGCUUUGCACUGCUCCACGUCAUAACCGACAGUCAUGUCGACUACCACUCAACAACUCUCAUCUGUACAGAUGAAGGACAUAGAGAAAACUUCACAGGCGGUGCAGAGGGCGACCAAUGUUGUGUUCCAGCCAAACCAUGUGUCCAGAGACAAGCGUGGGAAGGUUUUGGGGGCCAAAGGUGGUUUCCGAGGCUGUACCAUUUGGCUAACAGGUUUGUCAGGUGCUGGCAAGACCACCAUUUCCUUCGCUUUGGAAGAGUACUUGGUUAGUCAGGGUAUUCCUGCAUACAGUCUUGAUGGAGACAACAUCCGUACUGGCCUCAACAAGAAUCUAGGCUUCACCCCUGAGGAUCGUGAGGAGAACAUUCGCCGUAUAUCCGAGGUGGCCAAACUGUUUGCGGAUGGUGGAAUUGUGUGUAUCACUGCCUUCAUCAGUCCCUAUGAAAAGGACAGAGCUAAGGCAAAGGAGCUUCAUGAGGCCAAUGGUCUGAAGUUUGUGGAAUGCUUCGUGGACACACCCAUAGAGAUAUGUGAAGAGAGAGAUGUAAAGGGAUUGUACAAGAAGGCCAGAGCAGGCCAGAUCAAAGGCUUCACAGGUGUAGAUGCUAAGUAUGAACGCCCCUCUGAUCCCGACAUCCGUGUGGAGGCCGGCAAGGACUCCAUUGAUGAGUGUGUACAGCGUAUUGUACAGCAUUUAUUGGACCUGGAAGUAGUUCCAACAACAGCUGUCAACACUGUGCACGAGCUGUUUGUUCCUGAGAACCAGGUUGAGACCGUAAGGGCUGAGGCGGAGAACUUGCCAUCACUGGAGAUCACCAAGCUGGACAAGCAAUGGACCCAAGUCCUGGCGGAGGGGUGGGCGUCGCCCCUUAAAGGCUUUAUGAGGGAGAGAGAAUAUCUUCAGUGUCAACAUUUUGGUUGUCUGUUAGAUGGUGGAGUGUCAAACCAGUCCAUACCAGUGGUAUUGCCAGUACAGACUGGUGAUAAGGAGAGGCUUUGUGGAUGUGAGGCUAUGGCAUUAUGUUAUGAAAACAAGUGUAUUGCUGUGUUGAGGAAACCAGAGUUUUAUCCGCACAACAAGGAGGAGAGGUGCUGCCGUCAAUUCGGUACCAGCAACAAGGGGCAUCCUUAUGUCAAGAUGAUCUAUGAGAGUGGUGACUGGUUAGUUGGUGGAGAACUAGAAGUGAUAGAGCGAAUUUACUGGAAUGAUGGACUGGACCAGUAUCGACUCACACCAAUGGAGUUACGGGCCAAGUUUAGGCAGCUCCAGGCAGAUGCAGUGUUUGCGUUCCAACUACGGAAUCCUAUACACAAUGGUCAUGCAUUGUUGAUGGCAGACACCAAAAAGAGGCUACUAGAGAAAGGCUACAGAAAACCUGUGUUACUUCUGCAUCCUCUUGGUGGAUGGACGAAAGAUGAUGAUGUACCACUGCCAACACGCAUGAAGCAGCACCAAGCUAUAUUGGAAGACAAAGUUCUCGACCCAGGCAGCACUGUACUUGCAAUAUUCCCUUCACCUAUGAUGUAUGCAGGCCCUACAGAGGUGCAGUGGCAUGCAAAAGCCCGAAUGGCUACAGGAGCUAACUUCUAUAUUGUGGGCCGGGACCCAGCAGGAAUGCCACACCCUGACGGCAGCAGAGAUCUAUUUGAUCACACACACGGUUCUAAGGUAUUGACAAUGGCUCCUGGUCUAACACAACUUGAGAUAGUCCCCUUCAGAGUAGCAGCCUACAACACCAAACUCAAACAGAUGGCAUUCUUUGAUCCUGACAAGAAGGAAGAUUUUGAUUUCAUCUCCGGCACUCGCAUGCGUAAGAUAGCUCGAGAAGGAGCCAAUCCUCCAGACGGCUUCAUGGCACCGCGAGCCUGGAACGUCCUCAAAGAGUACUACCAGUCCCUUGUACAGAAAUAAACUAGCAAUCCAUAGUGUGGGCAGAUAUAUUUUAAAACAUUUCAAAGCUUAUGAACACUUAAUUUUUUUGAGGGAAUAUGGAAAACAUUUAUUUAGUGCUUUACUUUUAACUGUGGACCAGAAUUUACUACUUGACAUUGGAAAUGUCAGUCAUCAGCGGCUGUGAUUUUUAUUAUCUUUUGAUAUUUCUUUUUAGACUUUGUAGUAUCAUGGUAUGAGGGCAACUCUAGUAAGAACACAGGAAUGCAGAAACAUUUUCUGUCUGGUAUAGAUACUGUUUUUUAUAAUAGUGACUGUAACAUGUGACAGUAGUUGUCACUUUUCUGAUACAAGUUCUACAUGUAACUGUUCAACAUAUGUUGUAGCUCCUCUGACAUCAGGUAUGACUCCUGUGACAUCAAGUCGUGACUGGUGUGGCAUCAGUUGUGACUCCUGUGACAAUAAUUUUGACUUGUGUGGCAUUGGUUGUGACUAGUGUGACAAUAUUUGUGACUCAGGUGACCAUAAGUGUGACUGGUGUGGCAUAAGUGUGAUUGCUGUGACAAAUGAUGUGACUCGUGUUAUAUAAGUUGUUACUUAUGUGACCUAAGAUGUGACUUGUGUGACAUACAUGUGACUCCUGUGACAACAUGUCUUGUUACCUUUGUGAGUUAGAUGUUUACUCCUGUUAUUAUGGAAGUUCUGUGAACGUUUUUUUAUCUUUACUCAAACAAUUUUUAUGGACCAAGUAUUUUAAUUGACCAAUGUUUAUAUAGACAAAGGGGAAUGUUAUACACUAAACAAAGGAUUUUACUUGUGAGUUGUCUUGAUGAUGCAAUAAUGACAACAUGUCAGUUGUUAUUACAUGUUAAUGUAUCAGUAUAUUUGUUGUAGAUUGAUGUUUACACUGAGAAAAGAUUUAAAUUACCAUUUUGGUGUUGUUCAUUUUUAUAAACAUUAUAAAGAUUUACAUUAUGUAAAAAAAGUAAACAAUAGUUCUACAAAUGUAAAUACGACAUCUUGUCUCUAGGUCUUGCACUCAUAAUACCUCACCUGGACAAACAACAUCAUUGAAUGAUUACAACAGCUUUCUGAUUUACCAUGGAAUCUUUACUGCUUUAUAACAGUGUUAUUGCAUGUUCAUCCAGAUUUGUAAUUUAUAAAUAUUCAUCAUGUGCUUAAUAUUAUUUAGAUUUAUCUGUGGGACAAAUUAUGUUUUGUUAUUUAAAAUGAAAUAAACAGUUACUUUACAAUGGCAAUAAAAUUUAAACAGUUUUGAUUUUGUAAAGGUUAUACAAAUGAAUUUAAUGUUAUGUGGUACCGAAUCUGAACAUGUUACAGUAGUACAUUGAUUGUACAAAGAGAUAUAUCAAUAUCGAUUAAAUAUCUAGAUAAUCUACAA